CUCUCUGUCUGUCAUGCUGCUCUCAUUCAGGACGGCGUGCGUUGCCCUCACAGUCGAGAUAAACUCAGCGUCCCGUCUUCGGGGUCCAUGUGACUUCAAGCGAAGGGAAGACGUCCUCCAUCUCUGAAGUUACUGGUUCCCGAACACAUCGCGAUGGGUUCCACUGCUGCGCCUGUGAGCGUCGCCGUCCUGCCCAGCAACAACGACUCCAACCAGCCCGCCUGUGACACCCUGUACGCCCACCGGGACUACGCCAGGGUGCUCAUGCCUCUCUUCUACAGCGUGGUGUUCCUGGUGGGGCUGCUCGGGAACAGCCUCGCCCUCCACGUCAUCCGCCCCAACGUGAAGAAGAUGAACUCCACCACCUUGUACUCCCUCAACCUUGUCGUCUCCGACAUCCUCUUCACCCUCUCGCUGCCCGUGAGGAUCGUCUACUACGCCCUGGGCUUCCACUGGCCUCUGGGCGAGGUGGUGUGCAAGAUCUCGGGACUCAUCUUCUACAUCAACACCUACGCCGGGGUCAACUUCAUGACCUGCCUCAGCGUGGACCGCUUCAUCGCCGUGGUGCUGCCGCUGCGCUUCGCCCGACUCAGGAAAGUCGGCAACGUGCGCUACAUCUGCGUCGGCGUCUGGCUGCUGGUGCUGGCGCAGACCCUCCCCCUCGUCGCCAUGCCAAUGACCAACCGGGAGCCCGACGGCUCCGUCACCUGCAUGGAGUACCCCAACUUCGAGCGGGUGGACAACGUCGCCGCCAUCCUGAUCGGCGCCGUCUUCCUGGGUUACGUCGUUCCCGUGGUGACCAUCCUGGUGUGCUACUCCGUCCUGUGCUCCAAGCUGCACUCCUCGGCCAAGAGCAACCGCCUGACGGACAAGUCGGGCCGCAGCCGCAAGGCCAUCGGCGUGAUCUGCUGCGUGUCCCUGGUGUUCGUGGUGUGCUUCAGCCCCUACCACAUCGACCUCCUGCAGUACAUGAUCCGCAAGCUGGCGUCGAGCCCCGACUGCGCCGACCUCACGGCCUUCCAGGUGUCGCUGCACGUCACCGUGUGCCUGAUGAACCUCAACUCCUGUCUGGAUCCCUUCAUCUACUUCUUCGCCUGCAAGGGCUACAAGAGGAAGCUCCUGAAGCUGCUGAAGCUGCAGGUCAGCAUGUCCUUCUCCAGCGCGGCGAGGACGUCGCCCGAAGGAUCCUCCAGGGACGUGGUCGACGGCAACAAGAUCCAACUCAACAGCUGCGCCGCGGGCUCGGUCACGGAGAGGCUCACCGACGGCAGGGCUCACCAGUGAGGGAAAGAAGCGAGAGCGAGAGGAGAGGACCUUUCUUCUCCUUGAGGCCGACCUUGGAGGGUCUCGAACCAACCGGAAGUGGACUCGCUUAUGCCAUCGGGGGACUCCAAGCAUCUGGAUCCAAAAGACAUCAAGCUAUUAUGGAGCAAAUCCAAAGGAAAGUCCAAACUAAGAACAUCAACAGAGCGACAGAAUAGAAAUCCAGCCCACGUUUUUUUUUUUUUGCAUCAAAUCGAGUUUGAGGAUCGCCUCCCAACCCUGAAAAGACUUGAGCGCUGGCGAGUAAGAGCCGGAGGCGGAGCUUGUCCGAGGGGAGAGGGGGCGGUCCAGUUGGCGUCAAGUCCGACAUUCAAAUACCUACGAACCGGAGAAGUGGCGAAAGCUUAGCUCGUGUACAGUUUGUGAAGAGUGAAGGACUCAAAUGAAAAAAGGCAACCGUGUAAUAAUUGCAACCGGACCAUGACCUCACGUUUGACCCCGUGACCUCACAUCUGACCCCGUCCUCGCCGCAGCACCUUUAUGGGCCGAGGCGUGACGGUAGAAGCGUUGACAUGAACUUCAUGCCAGAACCGAAUCAGACUCACAGCCUCAGGUUUUCUCUUGGCCCUUGGUUACACCGCCACGCCUCAGGAGAGCGUACACGCCGCACAUCAACUGCCUGCCGACCGAAUUAACCUUAAUUGGCGGGUGGAGCGACCGGCGCCAUUUGUCUGUUUUUGCAUUCAUUUUUUCUCAUUGCGGUCUACGAUGUCAUUACAUUUAAAGGGGAGUUUUUCUUGUCGACAUGCAGAAGUUAUGUUGACAUGCGGCGCUGUUCACCGUACUGCAGCGUGUAUUCCUCAAGGGUCGGACACAUGUGUUGAGUGCAUUUCAUUCCUCAUUAAACAUCUGCUUGUUUACAUCCA